UUUCCGUUUUGGAUAAUUGUUAAUGGCGUCUUCUCCUCAGUCCGUCUUCAAUGUGUUCGUCUAUGGCAGCUUAUUAGCUGACGACAUUGUUCGUGCUCUUCUCAAACGCGUCCCUCCUUCUAAUCCUGCUAUCCUCCACAACUAUCAUAGGUUUAGCAUCAAAGGGCGUGUUUAUCCUGCCAUUCUACCAGUUGAGAACAAAAGAGUUAAUGGGAAGGUUCUUUUGGAUAUCACUGUUCCUGAAUUGAAUAUCCUGGAUGCAUUUGAGGACGUUGAGUAAUAAAGGACGACUGUUGAUGUUUCCCUGAUGGAUAGUUCCAAGACAUUGCAGGCUGAAACAUAUGUUUGGGUUAACAAGAGGGAUCCAGAUUUACAUGGGGAAUGGGACUUUGAGGAAUGGAAAGUGUUGCACAAGGGAGACUUCUUGAAAAUGACAAUGGGAUUCAGUGAAGAAAUGGAGCUACCUGAAUCAAAAACCAGAGUGGCAACUUAUGAAUCCUUCUAUGCACAGGAAGAGAACAAGUCCAAACCUUGAUAUAGCUGUAGUUGAUAGCGGAGACAAAAACAGUAGGUGAUUUUUUCUCAUAUGUUCUAGUCUUGGUGGACAGUGUUACCUGGUGAUUGUUGCUGGCGGAAAUAUUGUUAAUAAAGCAACAAAGCCUAAGCCACCUCCCCUCUUCAUCCACCAAAAGAAAAUACUAAUAAAUUAGAGAGGGCAAUUGAGCUCAGUAACAUGGA